AUGGAAAAUGACAGGGAUACUUUACGUCCCUACCCAAUCGAUCCAUUUCAAGACAAAGUUAUUGAAAAAGUCGUUUUUGCAAAAAGAAGGUUAAUACCCCGCUUAGCAUCAAUUUUAUUUGUCAUAUUAACAUAUCCUUUAAAAUUGCUAAGUAAACAUAAUAAUAAACAAUCUGCUCUAAAGAAUAAUGAGGAGAUUGAUUCUACCGAAGUUCCUCCAAUAUAUGUAUCAACUCGAACGGCAACAAUGGAUUCGAAAUUUUAUUACAUUAUUCGUUACAGUAAAAUUUGGUUUAAACCAAUAGGUGCACAUCACAAUGCACCAUAUAAAUUAUUCGGUGACAACGGUUUUAUCGAUCAGUUUCAAACACCAUUAACAUCAAUUAGUGUCGAUGGCGAUAAUAUUUUAGCGAUUGACCAAAAUGAAAUUAUCCAUUAUGCCAAAAGUAAUCAAAUUAUUUGCCAAGUUUCAUUUGAUUGUCCCCAAUGGAAAAUCAUUGAAUCACGAGUGAAAUGGACACAAAAAUGGUUUAACAUGGAUGGGGUUUCACUUAUUGUCAAUCUAUUUAAAAACCCGAUAUUAAAAUCUUUGAAAAACAAUCGAAAUGUUUGCAUGUCACAUAAAGGUCUUGAUACAAUGUAUUACACAGAUAUGAAUGGAAAGAAGCAUCCGGAUCCUUACGUCGGUGUGACAACGAUUUAUUGUUUGAAUGAAGAUGGAACGCGAAUAUUCUUUGCUGAUCCCUGGCUACAAAACAAAUUUCAUAAUGAAUUAACGACGCCAGAAGAUGGACAAUUCAUUGCCGAGUCGAUGGCAACAAGUGGCUCGACUUUAUUUCUUUUGCAACGAGCAAAAAAUGAAUUCGGACAAGAAAUUAAUAAAAUGUACACACGAUUUGCUGAUUUUGAUUCAAUUGGAUCAAAUCCAGCAUUGACGUCGACUUACAAUCGAAAGAAUUACGUACCACUCGUUCGUUUUCUUCCGCCCGAAGAUUGGAUUCAACAACCAGCGAUAAAUCUUCAUGAAAACGCUCGUUUAACGAAAAAUAUCUCGGUCUUUCAAAUCGGAUGGGGACAAAAUAAUCGACAACUACGAGUGCAAGGAACAGAUUCCGAUGGCAAUGUUGGAUUCUAUUUUAAGAAUAUUUACGAAAACCACUGGACGUUUCAAUUGACCAAUAACAUCGAAAUAUCCGAAGAGGAAUUCUUAUCGGAAUCAAUUCCGUAUAUUGGAUUUGCAAAAGGUCCACAAAUAUGUUUUGAUUAUACAAAUGGCGAAUUUCAUUCGAAUUUGAAAGAGAUUCACUUUGAAAAUAUCAUUUUGGAGAAGUUUUCACAUCGUGGACUUAAUGAACGAGGUUUGCAUACGAAACUGAUUUUAGUAUUAAGCUCAGCUCUUCCUAUGUCAAUUCCAUUAUACGCACGACGAGGUUGGAAAAGUUUAUUAGGUUUAUCGAAAUCGAACAUUUGGAAAUUGGUCAUUCCGUUCGAAUAUUUUCAAAGUGACGAUCGUGAAGUUCAAUUAGUCUUAGAAAAAAUUUUCGCAAACCGAUUCCGACAUAAUCUUCAUGUGUAUGAAUCGAAACAACAAAUUGUAAUCACAAAUACUUUUCUUGGCAAAUCGAAAUUUAAAUUUAUUUUUAAAAUAAAAUCCGAUUAA